AUGGCUCGUCAGACCUCCCUAGACUCCGAGCGACCCAUCAUGGCUAACUCGAACCGCAACUCCAAACGUUUCUCCACCGUUAGCGGCAGCCCCUCUCUGGCUGCCUCCGAACGUACAAUCGGAAGCCUGCCCAGCGAAGACCCCAGAAUCAUCGAUAUCACCCACCUUGGAGAUGGCCUAGAGCGCUUGGAGAACAAGCCCCUGCAGAAGCAGCGCUUUGUACCCACUGCCGAGAAGACCGAUAACCUCAACAAGCUGGCUUUGGGCGCUAAGGUGGAGCGCGCCUUGGGACGACGAAUGACUGGUCAAGACGCUGUGAUGCGCAAGCCUCUGGAUGAGAAGGCUGCUGCUGCUGCCACUACUGCUUAA